CAGAUAACAAAGAACUUCUUCAUCGAUCAAGUAAAAAAAAAAGUUGUCUCCUUCUCUUUCUCCAAGAAAAAUUAGUAGCAGCAAAGACUAAAUCAUGGGGGUUUUGGCCACCAUGGGAGGCUUUGUAAAGAGAGUUCGUGUUUCUGCUGUAGAGAAACUAGGUCGUUUCAGUUACUCCUUCUGUUAUAAGACUACAGGAUUUGGCAUGUACCACGAAUCAUAUCGACCUUUAUUAGAGGCUGCAAUGAAUAAUGAUUGGCAAUCAGCAAGAGUUUUCAUAGAUAAUGAUCCCGGUUCAGUUAAAGCUUCGAUCACAGUAUGUGGAAGGACUGCAUUGCAUAUUGCAGCUGGUUCAGCACACUCAGAAUUCGUUUUAAAUCUAAUCGAAAUUAUGCCCAUAGAAGCACUUGAGUUGAAAGACAGGUAUGAUGGUAAUACAGCUCUUCAUCUUGCUGUAAUUGCUGGGCUUGAAGACGCUGUUAAAGUAAUGGUGAAAAAACAUAAAAAAUUAAUACGUAUAUGUAACAAUGAGGGGUUGAAUCCGCUACUCAAUGCUGCUAUAUAUGUCAGUCGGAAGAAUGAAGAAAUUAUUAGAUUCCUCUGUGAUGAGAUGCAAGAUGAACCAACUAUCUUUCAAGGUCAUUCGGGAGCUCAUCUCAUAUGCAGCAUAACUCAUGCUGCUUUAUACGAAUUGGCAACUACUCUAAUCGACCGACACCCAAGCUUAGCAACUGCCCAAGAGGACGAUGGCAACAGUACUGCGCUAUAUGCUAUUGCAGAAAAGGAUCUUUCAAUUCCAACCGCCUAUGCAAAAUCGAUACUAUCAUUCCUAACAUAUUAUGGCCUUUGCGAAAUCACUAAGAAGCCAUCCAUAUUUCUCAAAGUGCUAUUCUUCUUCGACCACAAUUCUAGAGGUUUUCACGCUCGCCAACUGCAAUCCAUUGUUGUCCUGGAAUUGGUAGAGUUGAUUUUUAAACAAUUUAAAAAAAUGAACGGGGAAGAUAAGUAUCAAUUUUUCUUCGGCUCCAAUUUCAUAAAAACUGCGGUAAAAAAUGGUUCAAUCGACAUUGUAAGAAUGUGCAUUUCAACUUACCCGGAUCAACUUUGGAUUCCUCAAGAGCGGAGAAACAUCUUUGAAAUAGCGGUCAAGAACAGACAGGAAAAAAUCUUCGAUUACUUGUACGAACACAUGAACGCAGAUGAGAAGAUUUUAACUACUCGCACAGUAGAAUCAAACGGUGGUAAUAUCCUACAUGUUGCUGCCAAAAUUGCACCUCCUUCUCGGCUAAAUAUUUAUUCCAGCCCUGUUGCUCAAAUCCAAAGUGAGAUUAUUUGGUUUAAGAAAGUGAAGAAUAGGGUACCACGUGCUUUACGAAAUAUGAGAAAUAAUGCUGAUGAAAUUCCUCGAGAGGUUUUUACUCGGGAACACAAAGAUUUAGUGAAAAAAGCCGAGGCAUACAUGAUACGUACUGCCGAAUCAUGUCAGGUAGUGGCCGCUCUGGUAGCUACGGUUGCAUUUGCGGCAGCAAUUACACUACCUGGUGGAACUUUCAGUGACGUUACUGAUGCAACUAAGACGGGAAAGCCUGUACUUUUGCAAAAGCAGUCAUUCCUUGUAUUCAUGGUGGCAGAUGCUCUAGCUCUGUUUUCUUCAACCACAGCAAUUCUUCUGUUCUUAUCCAUCUAUAUUGGGAAUCAUACUGAAAGGAAUUUUCAGCUAGCAUUGCCAAGAACGCUUAAGAGAGGUCUUAGAAGUCUCAUCCUAUCGGUAUUGAGUGUGGUAAUUGCAUUUAGCAUGGCACUUUCAAUGAUACUUGAGGACAGAUAUAGAUGGGCUCCAUAUCUGAUGUUUGCGGUUGCCGCUUUUACUUUUUACAGAUCUUUAAAUUGUCCGUUGAAAUUGAUUUUCGAAUUGGACGGCAUCGAGAAACCACUCUAUUGGACUGACAUCAAGAGAUCACCAACCAUUAGGGCGUUAUCAGAUCCCUCUCCAGUUCCGUGGAGGCUUGCCGUUUAUUGGGAAGAUUGUUUGAGAUUUUUAUCAUCGAUACAAUUCAGAUAUUCUCAUAUUUAUGGAGAAGGUAACGCAGUGGCUGAUUUGUUGGGUAAAUGCGGAGCUAUUACAUGGUCUCAGUGGUGGAAUGAGCCACCAUAUUUUAUCGGGAAUAGGGUCAAAUGUCCAAAUAUUCUUAAAACAUGGUUCAAAUGGACGAGUAAAAAUUAAUAUGGGUGAAAUGGACGCCAAAAAAAUAGCAAGAAUGAAACUGGAUUCAUCCUGGCUUAAACUUAAAAAAUAGUGAGGAUGAAACUGGACGCAUCCUGAUGUAAAUUAAAAAUAAGAAAAAAUAUUUGAAAAUGGGCAGGAUGAUAUUGUUUACAUCCUGGCUAUUUUUACAAUUUUGUUCAUUUAAACAGUAUCAAAUCUUACAUGUUUUUUUCGUCC